CUGUUGAAUGGAGCAAGUGAUUAUUUCCGUGGGCCAUUCAAGAAUGAAGUUCGUUUCUACAAUUACGAUUCAACUAUGACCAUGACAAACUUGAAUACCGGCAUAAUAGCAGGAAGUGCCUACCGCGGAAGAAUAUGUGGCUCGAGCUAUAACACCGGUUUUGUUAGGGAUAAUUCGAAUUUCAAUGGACUUUUGGCAGCAACGCAUGAACUUGGACAUUUGCUUAAUUUACCACACGACGGUCAAUCAAACGCUAAAGGCUGUGUAUCAUAUCAAGCAGACAAAAGAGCCGCAAGUAUAAUGGCACCUUACGAUUUGGCCGUGGACAAAUACUAUUGGUCUCGGUGCAGUAAAAAGAUUCUCCAUGACUUUGCAACAACGAAAGGAUGUGAAUGCAUGAAAUACCCAUAUCGACGUUAGAUUGCUUUAGCAAGACAGCUGAUGUUAAAAAUAAUGUACAUAAAUCCAAG